AUCAAUCGUUUAUCACCAUAACCCCCCUCCCUCCACUUCAAACCUAACCAGAAACAUCCCCAAACUCGCCGAGCACUUUUCCUCUCCUCUGCAUACCUCCAGCACCGUCUCCCCCCCUCCCUCCCAUCUCAAGCCCUCCGCGCCUUGCCGAGGAGGAGGAGGAGGAGGAAGAAGAAGAGCAGCAAGCGCGGAAGAUGGAGGUCUCCACCGACCAACCGCGGUGGGUGAGCCACCACCAUCCUGCCGUGCUCAAUGGGCAGCACCCGGACUCGCACCACCCCACGCUUGGCCAUACCUACAUGGACCCCACGCAGUAUCCUCUUGCCGAGGAAGUGGAUGUACUUUUUAAUAUCGACGGACAAGGCAACCCCGUCCCUCCGUAUUACGGCAACUCCGUCAGAGCCACCGUGCAGAGAUACCCCACGGCCCACCACGGGAGCCAGGUGUGCCGCCCCCCGCUGCUGCACGGCUCGCUGCCCUGGCUGGACGGGAGCAAGGCGCUGAGCAGCCACCACAGCGCUUCCCCCUGGAACCUCAGCCCUUUCUCCAAGACCUCCAUCCAUCACAGCUCACCGGGACCCCUUUCCGUCUAUCCACCCGCCUCCUCUUCCACUUUAUCCGCCGGCCACUCCAGCCCGCACCUUUUCACCUUCCCACCGACCCCUCCUAAAGAUGUGUCCCCGGAUCCGUCCAUCUCCACUCCCGGCUCCACCGGCUCCACCCGGCAGGACGAGAAGGAAUGCAUCAAAUACCAGGUGUCCCUGGCCGAUACCAUGAAGCUGGAGUCCUCUCACUCUCGGAGCAGCAUGGCCUCUUUAGGAGGAGCCACCUCCUCCGCUCAUCAUCCCAUCACUACCUACCCACCGUAUGUCCCAGAAUAUGGCUCUGGACUUUUCCCCCCCAGUAGCCUCCUAGGAGGAUCGCCUACCGGCUUCGGGUGUAAAUCGCGACCGAAAGCACGGUCAAGCACAGGCAGGGAGUGUGUAAAUUGUGGGGCUACCUCAACCCCUCUGUGGAGAAGAGAUGGCACCGGGCACUAUUUGUGUAACGCCUGUGGACUCUAUCACAAAAUGAAUGGGCAGAACCGGCCCCUGAUCAAACCCAAGAGAAGACUGUCUGCAGCCAGGAGGGCAGGCACGUCCUGCGCAAACUGUCAGACCACCACUACCACCCUGUGGAGGAGAAAUGCCAACGGCGAUCCCGUCUGUAACGCCUGUGGGCUCUACUACAAGCUGCACAAUAUUAACAGACCCCUGACUAUGAAGAAAGAAGGAAUUCAGACCAGGAACCGAAAAAUGUCUAGCAAAUCCAAAAAGUGCAAAAAAGUCCAUGACAACCUUGAAGACUUUCCCAAGAGCAGCUCCUUUAAUCCUGCUGCCCUCUCCAGACACAUGUCCUCCAUCAGCCACAUUUCACCUUUCAGUCACUCCAGCCACAUGCUGACUACACCGACACCGAUGCAUCCUCCAUCCAGCCUCUCCUUCGGACCUCAUCAUCCUUCCAGUAUGGUCACUGCUAUGGGUUAGUGAGAGACUCCCCUGCUGAAUGCUUACAGUCUCAAAAUGAGAUUUACUUUAUAUACUUGCAUUUUUGCAGGCGUGUGGUUAUGGGUCUGACGUCCCGAAUCAAAUGGGAGGGGGAAAAAAGAAUAAAAAAAGAUAAAUAAAAAAGUUAUUUGAAGGCAUAAGAGAGGAAAAAAACCUAAAAAAAACCCAGAAAAAAACUACAAAAAAGCACAAAAAAGGAAAAAAAAAGAAAAAAAGAGAAAAAAGUAAAAAAAAAGUUUUAAAAAAGUGAUGUUUGCCACUUUUUAAAGGAACUCACUAUGGCGUCUAUGUAUUCUUACUCACUGAAUCUGGAUACCAUUUGUGAAUAAGCCAUUCAGAACUUGCAUUCCCUAUUGGACAGGAUCUCUAGUGCUGUGAAAAAAAAAUAAUAAAAUAAAAUAAAAAAUGCUGAACAUUGCAUAUAACUUAUAUUGUAAGAAAUACUGUACAUUUGAGGAAGACUUUAUUGCAUCUGGAGAGCUGUAAAGAAAAAGGCAUGAAGGACUCCGAGAGAUUUUUUUUUAAAGGAAAAGAAAAAAAAAAGUGAUGGGAGGACAAUUUAAAAACCAGAAAAACAAACAAUGCAGACCAAGAGGAAACGCGGUCUUACGAACAAAUGGACCAACUGCCAGUCAUGUCUUCUCCUUUUAUUUUAUUUUAAUUUUGGGGUUUUUUUUUUGUUGGUUUUUUUUUUGGUUUCUUUUUCGUUUCCGGGGAGGGGGCUGGCUAGAAAGGUUUUGAUGAUGCAUUAACUAACUAACUAACUGACUAACUAAAUAACUAAAUAAAUAAAACCUGUAGGGAGAUCAUUCAUUUCGGGCCAUGGGCCUUUUACAUAGGAAGUACCAAUGGUGUCAGGCAAUCAGUGUUAACAUGCGGACAUUGCCAACAAGGGGUUUUCAGAUAGCCAUUCUCCAGGUCUAAACGCAUUGUGAACAAGUUCCUGUAAUUGUUGUUUGUAUGUAUAAUUCAACGCACCAAAAUAAGAAAGAUGUAGAUUAAUUUCAUCCUAUUAUACAGACUGAAUGGUUGUACAAAUUUAUUUACUGCUAGUGAUAAGACCUGCUUUUUUUGUUUUGUUUUCAUAUUUUUUCCUCCUUUUUUUUUUUUUUGGAGAAUAAACUAGAUUAAAUUCUGUUGACUUAAAAGUGUUUUGUGCUUUGGGGUGGGAAAGAGAAUGUGUUUCUGUCUUUAUUAAUUUUUUUAGAAUUUGUUUUGAUGGUAUUUAUUAUGUAGUUACCACGGGUAUGGGAAUAUGUGUCUCUGCGCUCACGCUGACAGCCAACACAAUGUUUGCGAUGGCUUGAUAAAAAAAUCCGAAAACACAGAACAAAGGAACAAACCCCCUCAGAAAUAAAUGGACUGCAUGUUACUGUAACUCCACUGUCCGGUGUGUACUCCCUAUCUCUCAAACUGCAGCCUAGCUGCUACCCCGCCUGAUGUUGGGUUUCCAUGUGCGAUGGGUCUCUUUUGGUCUCAGUCAACCGUUGUGUCAAUGAUAAUCUGGGACUGGACAAAGUGCAAAGGUAUGGCAGGGUCCUUAUGGUCCUGGCUGCUUUGGGUUUCUACUCUGCCUUGGAGGGUACUCAGUGGUAUAAUUUGAUGGCCUAAAGUUGAGAUCUUGAUAUGAAAUCAAGAUGGACCAAAUACUGUUCCUGUGCUUGGAGGAACAAGUAGAACCUGUUACAAAAGGCCAGGUUUGGUGGUAGAGAGAGGACAAUUCCCCAAAACUCAAAGGCCAUCGGCCAGCCCCUUCCUUCAAGAGUUUUCUUGGAAAUAAUGACAUUUAUAUUAACAUUAUUAUUGUUAAUAGCAAAGUUUGGCUUUUAUAAAUUGAUUUCUGAUGAUUUAAUCCUAAGGAAUCAGUCUUCCUUUUAGACCUCAGUAUUUACACUUCUAGCUUCUUUAUGCCAUCAUAAAGGUUGGACAUUUACUUUCCAAAUGAAGGUUAGGUUUCUGACCACCCCAUUCCAUUUGCUGGUGAUUUAAGCUUGGUGUGAUACAACAGAAGUUGCCAACACUGUGAGAAAAUGCUUAAAAAAAUCCUAAACAAAAAAAUAACCCCCGAAUGUAAAAACCUCAACAAGCAUGACCUUCAAAUAAAUUAUUACUUUCUUUUAAUGCAGAGUAAAAUAACUGAGUUCUUUCAUCCAGAAAUAUGUGUAUUCCUGCCUUUUAGCGCCAAGUGGAUAGAAAAAUAUCACCAUGUCUGCUAUUUUUAAUCCACUUCCUCCUGGGUGAUAACUGGAGAGGGGAACAGUGACAUGGUCUAAUCUUCUGCAGGAUGGCUCACAUGGGUAAAGAUGUUUCAUGUGUGAAAGACCACUUCAAAACUUUCAGGAAGAUCAUACAGAGGUCAAAUAGUCAUUUGAUUUGGGAAUGGGGCAGGAGGGGAAGAGGACUGACCUUUAUUUGGGCUUUUUCUCUCUUGUUUCAAAAUGAACUUAGUUAAACUACAUCUGCCAUAAAGGAGGAUUUAGCAGAUAUAAGUGGAACAGGCAGUAAUCCUUUUGUAAUGUUGUAUAUUCUUUCCUUUUUACUCUGUUGACAAAAAAUGUGUAAAAAAAGUCAGAACAAAUGGCACACAUUUAAAAUCUUAUGUUAAUCACCUUUCUUCUUU